UCUGGAGACAAAGGAGAAGAAGUUUGAUUGACAACUAUGCGUAAAUUAUCUGAAAUUUUAAGUAUCUUAAAGGAAUCAGGCUACAUUGACGUGCAAUUAAUCAACCAAGCUCUUGUUAACAAAAUCACAUUCCUGCCUCUGGGAUCUGUUCUUUUGGAUAAAAUUAGAAGCGAAUGCCACUCGAAUCGAGGCGGAAUCAACACAUACAACACGAACAAUCAGAACGGGGAAACGAUUGACUUAUUUCAACAUCGAGCAGAACCAAAUUCUUUAUAUAAAUCAAAAAGCUUCCGGGAAAAUAUCCUUCAUAUUAAAAACCAGUUUCAAACUGAUAUCCCUCUCGCAAUUAGCGAGAAUUUGAAAUUCUCAAAUCAUCUAGGUCCCAACUCGGACACGUUUUCAGUAAAUCUUCAAAAUGGAACACUUAUCUCGUGUUCGUAUUUCGUUAACGAAUCGGCUGCUACCGAAUAUUUCCACAGGAUUCAGCGAGAGCGGAAAAUUUGGUGGAUGAAGUUCUCAUUGAACCCCGGACGAUACUUUCUUUCUGAUCUGAGCACCCAAGAACUGAACAAUUAUAAAGUGCAAACAGUAAAAAUAAAAUCUAGAUUCAAUUUCGGCGAAAUGGAUUUGGAGUCGGUGGAUGUUGUUCCUCUGAGGGCGUUGGAGUUAGACAAUUUAGAAGAUUUCUAUUUUAAAGACGCUCGGUUGAAAAGAAGGAUUUUACCAGCGGUCGUACGGUCUGAGCUGUGCUUAGAAGCGGCGGUUUUAGGAAUUCUGAUGGAUUCGGUUGAAGAUUCCCGGGACAAGAAAAUUAAUAUCAAUCGAAAGAUAGCUCCCUACCAAUGCAGCGUAUUUUGCUUUUCGAAAGAUGAAAAGAUUCUUUUAGAGUUGGAGGAUUUGGCUGCGCAUUUAACGAAUGUAAUACGGAGGAGCGGUCUCACGGCUCUAAAUCUUCAAAAGUGUCGAACGAAUUCCGAUCAGAUUUUAGUAAGAGAAUUAAAGGACAUGGACCAGGUAGGAAUUCCAUAUUCGAUUAUCCUGGAAAAUGAGAGUCUGCGAACUGGAGUAAUGAAAUUACGAUCACGUGAUACUGGCCUAUCGGAAACUAUUCAUAUUACGGAUGUGCCUGAUUAUUUAUUAAAAAUUUUCAAUUCCUAGUUA